AAAGCUUCAAAAACACAGAAAGAAAUGAUAGCGCAAUUACUUUUAAAUUAAUUGACACUUUUUUACAAUCUCAUGAUAUGAACCAACCAGCCCUUAAUGACGAAAAUGAAUGUUAAAAUGCUGAAAGAGGAACAUGUAGUGCUUAAUGUGUGUGUGUUGGUGUGUUUUGUGCUUCCUCUGUUGAUAUAGCCGUACAUAGAGAACCAGACAGUGAGGUAGAGCUGACAUGUGUGGGUAACACAUCACCACCUUCCUGUCUAUAAGACCUUAUAACCCCUCACCCACCAACACAACACCAGCGAGCUGAAGUCACCAUCUCGUCUUUGCUCUUGCCUCAAGGAUGCUGUCAGUUUAAUACGGGCCCAUGGGGACCAGCAGCACCAUGCAGACAGCGCUGUGGGUCGGACCCUCUGCAGAGCUUCUGAAGUUCGGGGAGCACCCUCAACCACAGCGCCUGACGAGAGAAGCCAUGAGGAAUUACUUGAAGGAACGAGGAGACCAAACUGUGCUCAUCCUCCAUGCUAAAGUUGCACAGAAAUCAUACGGCAAUGAGAAAAGGUUUUUCUGUCCUCCCCCAUGUGUGUAUCUGAUGGGCUGUGGAUGGAAGAAGAAGAGAGAGCAGAUGGAGAGGGACGGGUGCUCAGAGCAGGAGUCUCAGCCAUGUGCCUUUAUCGGCAUUGGCAACAGCGACCAGGAGAUGCAACAACUUAACUUAGAGGGAAAGAACUAUUGCACAGCCAAAACAUUGUACAUCUCAGACUCAGACAAACGCAAGCACUUCAUGCUGUCGGUGAAGAUGUUCUACGGGAACAGCGCAGACAUCGGUGUCUUCCUGAGCAAGAGGAUCAAGGUCAUCUCCAAGCCUUCCAAAAAAAAGCAGUCCCUCAAGAACGCCGACCUCUGUAUAGCAUCAGGAACGAAGGUGGCAUUAUUUAACCGGCUUCGCUCUCAGACGGUCAGUACGCGUUACCUGCACGUAGAGGGAGGAAACUUUCAUGCAAGCUCACAGCAGUGGGGAGCAUUUUACAUCCACCUUUUGGAUGAUGAGGAGUCCGAGGGCGAGGAGUUCACGGUCCGAGAUGGCUACAUUCACUACGGCCAGACUGUCAAACUUGUGUGCUCUGUGACAGGAAUGGCUCUGCCUAGACUGAUCAUCCGUAAGGUGGAUAAGCAGACGGCCUUACUGGACGCAGAUGAUCCGGUCUCUCAGCUGCAUAAGUGUGCCUUUUACCUGAAGGAUACAGAGAGGAUGUACCUGUGCCUUUCUCAAGAGAGGAUCAUCCAAUUUCAAGCCACUCCAUGCCCAAAAGAACCAAAUAAGGAGAUGAUAAAUGACGGUGCCUCCUGGACAAUCAUCAGCACUGAUAAAGCCGAAUACACCUUCUAUGAGGGCAUGGGCCCUGUACACACCCCUGUCACACCUGUGCCUGUGGUCGAGAGCUUACAGUUAAAUGGUGGAGGAGAUGUAGCCAUGCUGGAGCUGACCGGACAGAACUUUACUUCAAACCUACGAGUGUGGUUUGGUGACGUUGAGGCUGAGACCAUGUACAGGUGCGGAGAAAGCAUUCUGUGCGUCGUUCCAGACAUCUCGGCGUUCCGCGAAGGCUGGAGAUGGGUUCGGCAGCCGGUGCAGGUUCCUGUAACGCUGGUCCGACAUGACGGUAUCAUCUAUUCCACAUCCCUAACAUUCACGUACACCCCCGAACCCGGGCCACGGCCUCAUUGCGGGGCGGCCGGCGCGAUCUUUCGAACGGGCAACGCCGGCUUACUUUCCACGACCGGUAACAGCACGGGAGGGAACGGAGAAACGGCUUACGGGGCCAACAGCACGACUAAUGCAGUCACAGCGUCAUCCUCUAAUGCAGCCGCGGCUGUGGUGUUAUAACACACGUAGGACCGCACACAAACUCACAAUGUAUGAAAAAAUAACUAUUUGUUAAAGUGCUGCAUAUUAAAUCCUAUGACUGAGAGGAUUCAAAAUCAAGGAUUUCUGAGAAGUAUGAAACCUGUGGCGAGGAAAUUUGAGCUCUCUUGUGGUUUUCGAGGAGCUCGUCUAGCGCUAGCAAUAAACAAUGCUUGAGAGAAAUCUUCAUAUUGGCAACAUCGGCACCUAUCAACAGGUGUUGAAGAUGUGGAGAUGAGACCGCAACAGCGAUACGUCAGCCAUGUACAGAAUGCGUCAACUGAAAACUGUCUUUCUUUCAGUCCGAGUGCGUUGGGUGAGACGUAUCAAAUUGUGUGAAAUUGUGAGAACGACAGUUUUUAUGGACCAAUGAUAUUGUAUAAGCUUUAGUAAAGGUACAUUUUUUGAUCCCCAUACCUUUUUUAUAUCAAACAUUAUAGUACACUUUUGUUACCAAAUAGGUUCUGUUCCUCCUCUGAGAUUUCACCGUUCAGUUUCUUUUUCCGUUGUCGUCUGGCUUCUGUAUAUAGCGACUUCCAAACAUCUGUUUGCUUUUUUGAUACUUUGUUUUUAUAGUACAUUGCAUUUCUUUUCUACUCGGUUUAGUUGUUUUAAUUUCACAUUUGGGAAAAACUCAGAGGGCCUAUUUUUGAACCAUGCGUUUUUAUGAAGUCUUUUAAAAAGAGAAGAGCUUUAAGCAAUGCCUCCGCCUUGCCUGCAUUACAAUAUGCGCCACGCUUCCUUUAAGCAUUUCAUUGACACACGUUCAGAUCUCACAAUACAUGUCAUAUUUGGGAAUAUACACCAGAAAACACAAUAUACGAUAUUGAGACCUAUUAUAGGUUUUGAUGCAAUGUGUCUUUACGAAACCGUAGCCAUAGUGUAGUACAUCUGUAUGCUUUCGAGCACACGCUAGGUUAUCACAUAUCAAUAAUUGAAAAUGUCGCUGCCGUUGGAUGUUGCUUACUUUUACAGUUAUCCGUUUAUCCAUUAUCCAGGUGAUGUGUCUGGAAUCCAUUUGAUCUUCCUAAACUUCCAUUUGCAUUUUCUAAAAUGAUAAAUUGUCUCAAAAAAUGAAUAAUUUGGAGACGUGCUCAACCAUUAGAUGUGGCCUUACUGUAAACAAAGGUUCCAGGUUCAUUUCAGCCCUUAAAAAGAGGUGACAAACAUGGCCUGAGAAACCAAGCCUUGCAUUUUGAACAUUUUACAUGCGAUUUUUGAUAUUUAAACUCUGUUUCAUUCUGAUUUAAAUGUGUGAUAGAAAGGAUGAACAUACCCAAAGAUAUUAUAUUGCAUUGUUGUCUUGGUUUUUAUUAAUUGAAAGAAAAAUAUGUCGAGCCUCUCGUACACCAAAAGCAGGAAGCUUUACUCCGUUGGUCAUUUAAUUUGUUUAUCGUGGCCUUGGUGUCUCACCAACUAGUAGACUAGUAUUAAUGACAAAAAAAACUAGCUGUAAUUAACUCAUAAACCAGCACUAAUAGUGUUUUGUGACUUUCUUUUGUACAGUAAUUUAACUUUUGAAUUUAUAAAAAAACAAAAAUGGAAAAAAAUAAGCAAACCCACUUUCAUUUUGUUAUUCGUCUUUUUUGUUUUUUCUGUGUGUGUGUUGUCUGUCUCUUAACCCAGUUAUGUCUUUGAUGUUCCUCGUCGGUUUGUUUAGUUGAACAGGUGUUUUUUGUCCGAUGUUGUCUUAACCUUGUAUGUUAAUGUCCUGAUAGUACAUGGACAUCGUGGGACUAUAAACAUGAAAGUCAAUGGCCUUUAAGUGUGUGUGUGUAUCUCUCAAAGAUGUAAUUUUUGAAUACAGCAAUACUGUAUAGGUCACUUUGUGUAUGUUGGUCUGUGGAAAAGCCACUGAUUUUCACCAGCCUGAUCCACAGUGUAUGUGGUCGUAAAGACCAGCUUGCUCGACUGGAGUCAUAUUCUCUCUGUUUUACACUUAUCCAUGCUAAGUUAAUCAGACAUCUUUCGGGUAGAUUUGUGUGGAUCCCGCACCCGUGGUCUUCCUCGCUUUGGAAAAUCUAUAGUGUAGUGUACGUAGGAAACUUGUCAAAAAAGGCAAUACUCCAGCAUUGUAAAAUGUAGUAUAUUUCGGGAAAAACUGUAACUUGAAUGUCUCUGCAAAAAAAAGUUCACUUGUUGCCUCCACUAAAUUUUACUUUUUUAAUAUCAUCCUCCUAAAAAUGUCUUCAGUCUAUCUAAGGCUGCAAAUCUCUUCCAUGAGGUUUUUUGAGGUUCUGAAAUGAUGAAGAUACUCUGAAAACUUUUGCACUUGGUUUACUGUAAUGUUUUGUGCAACAGGCCAUAGCCUUCUUCCAUUUCACCAUAUGGCUGCAAUUCAGUAUCAGACAAACAUGCACAUUUAUUUGGGGAAAGAUGGCAGCGAAACUGGCCAAACAUUUUCGUUUUUUGUUCUAGAAGUUUUCAAAACGUUACACUUAAAAUGCUGGGCUAUUUUCAACUCAACGAGGUUGGGUUGAAAUUGGGCUUGUUUCAAUCCAUUAUUGUGUUAAAUAUAAAAAAAUCUGGUUUCAUUUAACCCAAAGGCUAGGUUUGCACUGUAAAGAGUAAAAGUUGGAUCAAAAUUUCAUCAAUUGGUGGUUACUUCAAAGUUUUAGUUACUAAAAAGUCUUCUCACUUUAAGGGAAAAUAGUUCACUUAUGUUUAAAGGGACACUUCACUUUUUUUGAAAAUAUGCUCAUUUUCCAGCUCCCCUAGAAUUAAAUAUUUGAAUUUUACCAUUUUGGAAUCCAUUCAGCUGAUCUCCGGGUCUGGCGCUAGCACUUUUAGCAUAGCUUAGCACAAUCCAUAGAAUUUGAUUAGUCCAUUAGCAUCACGCUAAAAAAUAACCAAAGAGUUUCGAUAUUUUUCCUAUUCAAAACUUCACUCUUCUGUAGUUACAUCGUGUACUAAGACUGACAGAAAUGGUAUUACGCACUGCCUGAAAAUAGUGCCCUGCCAUUGAAAGUUACUAAGGGGACUAUUUUCGGCUGCUGCGUAAUAUCAUUGUGCCUCCUGCAGCCAUGUUACGGCAGCAAAGUUCUUGAUAAUUACACCAGAAUGAGAGUAUAGUUACUAGCCAUAUCUGCUUAUAAAAUCACAACUUUUAAAUGAUUUUAUUUAAAAAUAUUGAAACGCUUUGUUUUUAGGUGCAAUGCUAAUGGACUAAUCAGAUUCAAUAGAUUAUGCUAAGCUAUGCUAAAAGUGGUACCGCCAGACCUGAAGAUCGGCUGAAUGGGUCAAAAACAGUAAGAAUCAAAUGUUUAACUCUAGGGGAGCUGGAAAAUUUGCAUAUUUUCAAAAAAGUGACCCUUUAAGUAUUUUAGGUUGAACUAAAGUAAUUUUUUUUACUUCGUAACCUGCACUCCUAGAAAUGCUGGGUUAUUUUCCACUCAGCGUUGGGUCAUAAAUGGACAAGCCCAGUCUUUGGUAAAAAAUGUAUAUUUGACUCAACAAUUGAUCGAAACAACCCAGCAUUUUGGGUUGAAACAACCCAGCAAGGGUUAUUACAACCCAACAGAUGGGCUCGUCCCUUUUUGACCCAACGCUGGGUUAAAAAUAACCCAGCAUGUUUUAGAGUGUGUGUUGAACACAAUACCCACAGAAGGCAUCAUUACGGGUGCUUACCGUACAAUUUGGUACUGUAUUGUUUCAUUUCUGUUUCCUUUGAUUAUUAUCCCCAACAGUGGCGGCCGGUGACUUCUUUUUUGAAGGUGCACGAUGUGAAGUUUGUCACAACAUGUAUUUAGCUCAUCAUGUGUGUGGUAUGUCAUUUCAAAAUAUGUGUUCGGCACGUCAUGUGAACCAUGCAGCAUGCGUCUAUUAAAAAUAAGUGCCUUCUGCACACGCGUCUAAAGGGUUUAUGAUAAAAGUGUUUGCCAGAUACUCGCUUAAUCUCAUGUGUAUUCAGAGUUUAGUGUAAGUUAGUGUCUUGCGAGUAUUUUGUUAACGUGAGCGACUCUUUUAUCAUAAACCGUUUUGACGCGUGUGCAGCAGGCACUUAUUUUGACAAGAAGCAUGAUGCACAUGGUUCAUAUGACGCACCGAACACAUAUUUUGAAAUGACAAGCAACACAUGACACUCUGAACACAUAUUUUAAAUUCGCGCCCCUCUGAAGAGAAGUCACCAAAUGAAAAAAUCAAGUGCGUUAAGCCAGUCGGCCUUUAAAUGAGACUGCAUUGUUGAAACAUUUCCUACUCAAGCAAAAGUAAGCAUUUCAUCUCAUAUGACCGUUUAUCCAGUUUGAUAUUAUCAAUGUUUUUGUUGGCAUACUGCAAUCCAUCAUCAUUUAGACAUUAUUAUGAACAUUUGUGAAUUGUUUCAUCACAGUCUCUGUCCACUGUUGUGUUUACAUUGUGGAUUUGCUAAGCUCUCCCCCUUCACUUACUGUAAUGUUACUGUGGUAAAGUGCAUUAUGUUGCUCUCUAAAAGAAAUCAAUUGACAAUCUUACUGUUUUUUUACAGUUUGUUUUUGUUUAUAAGGUGUUGAGCUUUAGAAGGAUUUGUUAUGCCAUAUAUAUGAAACUGUAUUUAUUGUAUGACGCGUAACAAAAUGCAUACAUUUGAUCUCAUUUUAGUCAAUUAUAAAUCAUCAGAUGUCAAAUGCAGGUCAUGUUUGAUGCAUGUGGGGUCUUGUGCCAAGCCUUAAAACACAUUUAAUUGCAAAAUUCAGUGAACAAUAAUCCCUUUUAUAUUUCCAAGUGUGUGACAGUUGUUUUUUUAGAGUCAGCUUGUGUCAUUACUAUGUAUCUGUUGGUUUUUAUAUCUCUGUUUAACUUUGCUCUGAUCUUCCAAAAGCAUACAUUUUUUUCAAGAGCUCUGAUCAAUGUAGGUUAUUAUUAUCUUGUCUUCUAAUAUGCCAAAUGUCUUACAUUUUCAUGCACUGCUUAUCAAACACAGCUUGAGAGGCAGUUUUUCAUCAAUGAUCAUAGAAGAAUAGAGGAUGGGAAAAUAAAUGCUAGCAUACCGUAAAAAUACACACUGGUAACCGCAUGACUUUCUUUUGCUGCCACAGUUGAUUAUUUUUUCAUAUUUCUGUACAGUGUAAGUUUUUAAAGUUUCGGUUAUAAUUUUGUAGCAUUUUGUCCAUAAACAUAAUCGGAUAAUCAAAGAUCUGUGGUACAGAGUUGUUAUCCCUUUAGGACAAGGUUUAGAAAGGUGUCCCCUGUUCCUCUCUACUCGUAUUGCACUUAUAGAAAACCGUACAUAGAUUUGUUGCUUACAGAAUGAAACGUUUCAUUUUUCAUGUAAAGAUUGAUCCUGAUGUGUGAUGCUGGGCUUUAUGUGUACAGUUCACCCUCCACCACUUCCUUUUGGCCUGUUUCUGUUUCCUUUAAGCUCUCUCUUUAUCUUUCUUGGUCUGUUGAUCUAGUUCAGAGGUAUCAGUACGGUAGCAGUCUCACUCAUUCACGGGCGGCUGAUGUUAGUUUGCCCUCAUGUGACAUUUUUGUAAACAUUUGUUUCAAUUGUUUUUUUUUUUGUACAUAUCGCACCUGCUCAAAUCCAUGUCAUUAAAUAAAACUGCAAUAUUGGCAUAAAA